UGGCUCCGGGGAGGCGGCGGCGGCCGGCGGGGGUGCAGCCGGGGCCGGGCCCCUGCCCGGGGCCCGGCGGCUGGGCGGACAGGAGAGCGGCGGGCGAAGUCGCGUCUGCAUCUGCGGCACAGCCCCGGCAUAGCCCGGGGCUGCCAGUGCCCGCCGCGCCAUUGUUGGGGGAGGGGGCGGCUUCUGAGCUCGGCGGAGUCAGGGGACGAGCGGAGGCGGCGGCGGCGAGGAGUGAAGGCGCCCCAUGGGGAACUCGCUGUCUUGUUGCCUGUGCCCCAAUGCCAGCCCCAAGGUGGGCCGGCGCAGGGGGUCAGCGGAGCCGGACUGUGAGGCUGAGGUCUACAAGGCGGCGGCCGGGAACGCGGUGGCAGUAGCUCCGGCGGCAGCUACCGUGGAACCCGCCGAGUUGGAUUUCGCAGGUGGCGAAGGCCACCACCUGCAGCAGAUCAGCGACCGGGAGAUGCCCGAAGACUUAGCUUUGGAACCAAACCCUUCUGACCACCCAAGGCCAAGCACAGUUUGUCUGAGCAAAUCUCAAACAGAGGUGCGGGAAAAGACGAAGAGCAACCCUUUAAACCAUGUUCCUAUUAUUCGGAUGUUGGAAGUCUUAGACUUACCAGAUCGGCGGAUUCUUAACCACUGCGCCACCAGGGAAGUCCCAUUCCUUCUUCCUGUUUUGAUCUCUUACUUGUUGGGGGCUUCCCUCAAACGAGUGAUGGUCCUUGGCUGUCUGUUAAGAUCUAAUUGGAAGCAUCACUUGGACAACUCGUUAACUGAUGGGCCUCACUGCAAGGAUUUGGGGACCACGCCUCUGAACUCUGAGCCUGCCUUGGGUUCCGUAUCUCCAGGGCAGCUUACUAAAAAGUAUAGCUCAUGCUCAACAAUAUUUCUAGAUGACAGCACAGUCAGCCAGCCUAAUCUUAGAACCACAGUAAAAUGUUUGACCUUAGCAAUAUAUUACCACAUAAAGAACAGAGAUGCAGAUAGAUCCUUGGAUAUUUUUGAUGAGAGAUUACAUCCACUCACACGAGAAAAGGUUCCAGAGGAAUACUUCGAGCAUGAUCCUGAACACAAAUUCAUUUACAGAUUUGUUCAUACUGUUUGUAGUGCCACACAGCUAACUGCUGAAAGUGCAGUAAUAACUUUGGUUUACUUAGAAAGGCUUUUAACUUAUUCUGAGAUCGACAUUUGCCCCACUAACUGGAAAAGAAUUGUUUUGGGAGCCAUUCUUCUUGCCUCCAGGAUUUGGGGCGAUGAUGCUGUAUGGGAUGUGGAGCACAGCCAGAUCCUCAAGGACGUUACAGUUGAGGACAUGAAUAAGAUGGAAAGGCACGUCCUGGAGCGACUUCAUUUUAAUAUUAAUGUUCCUUUCAGUGUGUAUGUCAAACACUACUUUGACCUUCGCUCCUUAGCAGAUGACAACGACCUGAAUGUUCUAUUCACUCCUCUUAGCAAAGAAAGAGCACAGAACUUAAAGGCCAUUUCCAGAUUGUGUGACGACGAAUACAAAGACGUGUGUAGAGCUGCUAUGAGAAGGUCUUUCAGCGCUGAUAAUUUCAUUGGUAUUCGGCGCUCCAAUGCCAUCCUCUCUUAAGGGAGAAGUGAGGGGUUGUAACAU